AAUUUUACGUAUCUUUUGUUUUUUUCGUUCAAGGCUUUACAAAAAUGGGAAUGAAGACAAAAUGGAACAUUUACAACCUGCAGUUGCUGCUCCUGCUUCUCUUGGUGUGGGAUCCAGCCAGGUUGGUGCUGGCUAACAUCCAAGAAGAUGAGGCUAAAAAUAACAUUACCAUCUUUACAAGAAUUCUAGACAGACUUCUGGAUGGUUACGAUAAUCGGCUUAGACCAGGACUGGGAGACAGCAUUACUGAAGUCUUCACUAACAUCUACGUGACCAGUUUUGGCCCUGUCUCAGAUACAGAUAUGGAAUAUACAAUAGAUGUUUUCUUUCGACAAAAAUGGAAAGAUGAACGGUUAAAAUUUAAAGGUCCUAUGAACAUCCUUCGACUUAACAAUUUAAUGGCUAGCAAAAUAUGGACACCAGAUACCUUCUUUCACAAUGGGAAAAAAUCGGUAGCUCAUAAUAUGACAAUGCCGAAUAAACUGCUUCGAAUACAGGAUGAUGGGACUCUGCUAUAUACAAUGCGGCUUACAGUACAAGCUGAAUGUCCAAUGCACUUGGAGGAUUUUCCGAUGGAUGCCCAUUCAUGUCCUCUGAAGUUUGGCAGCUAUGCAUAUACAACCUCAGAGGUCACCUAUAUUUGGACUUACAAUGCAUCUGAUUCAGUACAAGUUGCUCCUGAUGGCUCCAGGUUAAAUCAGUAUGAUCUCCUGGGCCAAUCAAUUGGAAAGGAGACAAUUAAAUCCAGUACAGGUGAAUAUACUGUAAUGACAGCUCAUUUCCACUUGAAAAGAAAGAUUGGGUACUUUGUGAUUCAGACGUAUCUGCCUUGCAUCAUGACUGUCAUUCUCUCUCAAGUGUCAUUCUGGCUUAACCGAGAAUCUGUGCCUGCGAGAACUGUGUUUGGAGUAACAACUGUGCUAACAAUGACAACCCUAAGCAUCAGUGCUCGGAAUUCUCUCCCCAAAGUGGCUUAUGCAACGGCCAUGGACUGGUUUAUUGCUGUUUGCUAUGCAUUUGUGUUCUCUGCCCUAAUUGAAUUUGCAACUGUUAAUUACUUCACCAAAAGAGGCUGGGCUUGGGAUGGGAAGAGUGUGGUAAAUGACAAGUCCCUUUCAAUAAAAGGUGCAGGCAUUACAUUAACAUACAACUCAGUGAAAGCAGUUCUUCAAGGAGCUAAGCUAAUAUGGUCCAAGGUAUAUAUAGGUUUCUCAUGGCCCAGUUUAAUCCAAGGAGAGACUUUGGAGUACUUAGAGAAGUGGAUGGACUGUAUAACCUUCAGACAGUCUUCCAAAAAAGAGAAAGCCUCUGUGAUGAUACAGAACAAUGCUUACGCGGUGGCUGUUGCCAAUUAUGCCCCAAACCUUUCAAAAGAUCCAGUUCUCUCCACCAUCUCCAAGAGCGCAACCACACCAGAACCCAACAAGAAACCGGAAAACAAGCCAGCUGAAGCCAAGAAAACCUUCAACAGUGUUAGCAAAAUUGACAGAAUGUCUAGAAUAGUUUUCCCAGUCUUGUUUGGUACGUUUAAUUUAGUUUACUGGGCUACAUAUUUAAACAGGGAACCUGUAUUAGGGUUCAGUCCUUGAACCUAGACCCAGGGUUAUCUUUGGGAUAUAGAGCAACAUUAAACUCGGUUUGUUUUGCCAUGUACAGUCCGACUAAUAGCUGCUAAUUUGUGAACCAACAUGUACAGUAUGUCUAUAGUGAUGUAGCUUACUGGUAGAUCUCUAAU